AUGACAACUUUAAAAGAAUCCAUAUCAAAUGUUCUUUCUGAAUUGAAUUGUGAUCAAAAGAAGGAAAUUCUUAAUGUUUUAGUUCAUAUUCUUAGAAAAAUAAUUGAAAAUCCUUCUAGAGCAAAAUUUAGAUCAUUAAAAAAAGAUAAUAAAACUUUUAUAAAUAAAUUAUUACAUUUUAAAGGAUCAGAUAAUAUUUUAAGAUCUCUUGGUUUUGAAGAAGAUGAAGAGAAAUGGUUUUUUCCUUUAUCAAAGGAUGAUACAUUAUCAAGAAAUUUAAAAGAAAUUCAAAACUAUAUUAACGAUAACUUAUGUUUACUUUAUAAUAAUAGUGAGUCACUUUUUGAAAAGAAAAUAUUAGAUACUUGCAAUGAUUACAGAAAUAAUUUGAAUGAAAAUACUUACUCACAAUUUAAUGAUAAUGAUAAAAUAUUAAAAAAUAAUCUAGAUGGAUUGAAAUUGGAAGGUUUAUCAAAAAGAAGGUUAGAAAAAGAAAAAAUGGAAUUAUUAAAUGAAAAAGAAAAUACAAUUCAAUUAAUAAGAGAAUAUUCAGAUAAAUGGAUAAUUCAAAUAAAGGGUGCUGAAAAUACCUUGUAUUCCAAUGAAACAUUUAAAAUACAAUUUAAAUUUACUGACAAAUAUCCUAUAGAAAGUCCAGAAGUUAUAUUUAUUGGUGAACCUCCUAUUCAUCCUCAUAUUUACAGUAAUGGUCAUAUUUGUUUAUCUAUUUUAUAUGAUCAUUGGUCACCUGUUUUAUCAGUAAAUGCUAUAUGUUUAUCAAUUAUUUCUAUGUUAUCUAGUUGCAAAAAAAAAAGAAAACCAAUUGAUGAUAUUUUAUAUUGUUCUGCUGGUGGUAAAGUUUCUCCAAAAAAUAUGAAAUGGAUGUUUCAUGAUGAUAAAAUAUAA